AUGUUGUAUAUAUCUUGGUUCUUUAUUCUUAUUUCUUGUACAUGUCUCGCAUUGAAUGAUGCCAAACCGAUUGUAAAUAAUGCCAUCAAGCUACCUCUCAUCCGAAAAUCAACACCUCACAUUAGAAAACGAGCAGCCACCAGCAGUAAAUAUGCUCUCUUCAACCAAGAUCAUGUAGAAUAUCUGACAAAAGUCAACAUUGGAACGCCCCCACAGGAGUUCCUAGUUACUGUAGACACUGGCAGUGCCGAUCUAUGGGUGCCAUCUAGCGUGUGUCCCAAAGACGAGUGUCCAUAUAGCAAAUUUCAAGAAAACAAAUCUUCCACUUACGAAUCCAUGGACUUGGCAUUCUCAAUUCAGUACGGAGCUGGCUCCAUUGAAGGAAGUUAUGUCAAGGAAACUGUCAAUCUCGUGGCCAAUACAAAUCAGCAAGUUAAAUCUCAACCUAUCGGCCUUGCCAACAGUGCCAAAGAUGGUAUUAUCUCGUUAGCAACUGAAGCCAAUGGCAUCUUGGGAUUGGCAUUUCCAGCUCUGACUGCCAACAGUGAUACAGAUCAAGCGUACGAACCAUUCGUCUUUAACUUGGCUAGCCAAAAGCUGAUUUCAGAGCCCGUGUUCUCCAUCUCCCUUGAUCAAGAGCAAAUGAUGAUUGGUGGCAUUGAUAAAGAGCAACAUACAGGCGAUGUUCAUUAUGUCCCGGUGGUCAAGAACGAGAAUCCCAAGACAGGCAGCUUAGAUUAUACAUUUUGGUCAGUUGAUUUGCAAGAUGUCAAAGUCAACAACGAAAGCAGCAGCAUUGUGACCAAGGAAAACAAGAAGCCUGUCAUUUUAGAUACUGGCACUACACUCAGCUAUGUCAACAAAGAACUGGCAGAUGAAAUCGUCAAGAAGGUGACCAACAAGACGUCAGUGUCGAUUGAUUUGAGCUCUGACCUUUAUACUGUGGAUUGCGACCUCAAGAAUAGCAACGUGAAUGUAGAACUGGCCUUUUCAUCUGGAUCAGAUCAACCCGUGCGACUGGAAAUGACUAUGCAAGACCUUAUUCUGCCCCUGUUUGGCAGCGAUAAUCCCAAAUGUGCAUUUGGCAUCACCUACAAUUUCGACAAAUCAAACACAUUUGUAUUUGGUGGCACUGUGCUGAGAUCUGCGUAUUUCGUGUAUGACAUGGGCCAGAAAAGAGUCGGAUUAGCGACAGCCAUCCAUUCCAAAAGUCAAAUAAAGAUCUAG